UUUGAGGACGGGCUCGGGAUCAGUCCCCUCCGCCCGCCUGCACUGCCCAAGGGCCCGGAAAUCCCGGAGCCAGCGCAGGUGGAGAAGCCGGGCAAGAGGAUUCCGGGGCAGAUCGCGUUGUGGUACCUGUCCCCCUGAGCAGGAGACAGCGCUGCACUGCGCUCGCCAACCCCAGGAUCAACAUGCCAGGAGAAGCGGCGGGGGCGGCGGCUCCUAACCGAGCCGGGUGGACCUGCGUCGUAACCGGCGCCGGGGGCUUUCUGGGCCAGAGAAUCGUCCAGUUGCUGCUGGAGAAGGAAGAGGAGCUGCUGGAGCUCCGGGUGCUGGACAAAGUCUUCAGGCCCGAGAUCCUGCAGAACUUUGCCAGAUCCCGCUCCCACGCCAAGGUCACGGUGCUCCUGGGCGAUGUCCUGGACCAGGAGUUCCUGCUGCGGGCCUGCCAGGGGGUGACCCUGGUCAUCCACAGCGCCUGUGUCGUGGACCCGUUCGGAUACACUCCAGCCGAGGUCAUCAUGGACGUCAAUGUGAAAGGAACUCAGCUCCUGCUGGAGACCUGCGUCCAGACCGGCGUGCCGUUCUUCAUCUACACGAGCACCCUGGAAGUGAUGGGCCCCAACUCGUACCGGCAGCCCGCCUACAACGUCCAGGAGGACCAGGCCCCCGAGUCCACGUGUCGCUCGCCCUACCCGCUGAGCAAGCGGCUGGCGGAGAAGGCGGUGCUGGCGGCGGACGGCUGGGCCCUGCCUGGCGGCGACGGCGGCGGCGGCGCCCUGCGCACCUGCUCCCUGCGGCCCACCUUCAUCUUCGGCGAGGGCAGCACGUUCCUGAGCAGGAGCUUCCAGCGGGCCCUGCGCCGCGGCCUGCUGCUGGACCGCAUGAACUGGGUGGAGGCGCAAGCCAACCCCGUCUAUGUGGGCAACGUGGCCUGGGCGCACGUGUUGGCGGCGCGGGCCCUGCGCGACCCCGAGCGGGCCCCGCGCCUCGGCGGCCAGUUCUUCUUCGUCGCGGACGACACGCCGCACAUGUCCUACACCAACCUGAACUUUGAGCUCGGCCAGGCCCUGGGCUUCCGGAAGCCUCCGCGGAGGUUCAUCCCGCUGCCCGUCCUCUACUGCCUGGCGCUCCUGCUCGAGCUGGUCAGCUUCCUGCUCCGGCCGCUGGUCCGCUUCGUGCCCGCCUUCGACCGCCACCUGCUCACCCUCACCAACACCACCUUCACCUUCUCCUACAAGAAGGCGCAGAAGGAUUUCGGCUACCGGCCGCUGUUCAGCUGGGAGGACGCCAAAAGCAGGACCACGCAAUGGAUCCGCUCCCUGGUCGAAGAGCACCGACAGUCCGAGAGAAUGGGGUCCCAGUGAGCUGGGCUUUCGGCAAAGAACCCCCCCCCCCCCCGUGAGCUGGGCGGGGCAGUAGGUUUAGAAAGGGGGGGGGGAGAAGGCAUCGAGAGCGCCGGAAAGGGCUUAGCGUGACUGCAGAAUUUCCGCUUCCAGCACUAGUCCUCCCCGCGGGCUCCACGAGCGACACUGGCAGGGAGCAGGGUUGCGCUCCGUAAAUGCCUAUGAUCCAUCAGACCAGGACUGGGCUGGGGCCAGGGCAGGACCCGGGGCUGGAAAUAGGACGCCCCUCUCCCCCUCAUCAGCCCCAAAUACCUCUGUGGUCAAAGACACCCGCUGAUCCUUCCCAAACGUGCUGCGGGCCUGAUAGCUCUGGCCGACGCCGGCUCCGGGCUUGGGCAGCCCCUGUUCGGGGACAGGGCAGGAAAUCCCUGAAUGCCUCCCGGCUAGAGGCAGCCCGGGAGUUAGGGUCGUCACGUCACGUCGCGUCCGGCGCUGCGACCCCCGGCCCCUGUGGCACCUGCCCAGCUUCCACGGCACAGAGCCGACCAGUGAGUCCUCAGUUUGGCCAGUCCAUGCUCCUGGCCCGUCUAGUUCCCUGAGGGCUGGGCUGGGCGGCCUGGUGCCGACCCGAGAGGAAUAUGUCCAAACCGGCGCUCUGUUGUGGGUCCCAUCGGGGGCACCUGCGCAGCAAGUCCCUUGGGAGUGCGCACCGCGCCUGAUUUUCUCUCAUCCCUCUAGCACGCCAUGAUCCCGCCGGGCAGCUUGCCAGAAGCCGAGGAUCUAACUGCCCGCACGUCUCCGCCGCAAGGCCCCCAGCCCCACACCGUCGGGUUCCAGCAGAAACUUCCCCGCUCCUCCUCUGCUUCCGGGGUGACCGGGCCCCUGUUGUCUCCUCGGCCAACUGCAGAAACGAAGCCCCUCGCCUCGAAGCCCUUCUACAGCCCCUGCCGGCUCAGUGCUCCGUCUGCACCGUGGGCAGAGUUUCACUACCCGCUUCGAUAGUUUAAUAAAUGCUCCCUGGGGUCCCGCCCCCGCCGCCCGA